GCGGAGGAGAGCAGCAGCCCCACCGAUUCUCAAACGAGAGAGAGAGAGGCAGCGUCUUGAACGCGAGCUGGGCGGGGAAAUAACUGCGGUACUCAAGAAUUACUUAAUUGCCGAACUGCAACAAUUUAUCGGCAGCGCAACUUCGUCCGUAUAACGCAAAAAAUGUCAUCGUCGGGAAAAGACAACAGCUCUCAGCAUGCGAAUUACGUGGGACCGUAUCGCCUGGAAAAGACGCUCGGCAAAGGACAGACAGGCCUUGUGAAGCUGGGAAUCCACUGUGUCACAUGCCAGAAAGUUGCCAUAAAAAUUGUAAACCGGGAAAAACUCAGUGAGUCUGUGUUGAUGAAGGUGGAGAGAGAAAUAGCUAUUCUGAAGCUCAUAGAACACCCUCAUGUUUUGAAGUUGCACGAUGUCUAUGAAAAUAAGAAAUAUUUAUAUUUGGUUCUAGAGCAUGUGUCAGGUGGAGAGCUCUUUGACUACCUGGUGAAGAAAGGCAGGUUAACACCCAAAGAGGCCAGGAAGUUCUUCAGACAGAUCAUCUCUGCGCUGGACUUCUGCCACAGUCACUCUAUAUGCCACAGAGAUCUGAAGCCAGAGAACUUGCUGCUGGAUGAGAAGAAUAACAUAAGGAUAGCAGACUUUGGUAUGGCUUCUCUACAGGUUGGAGACAGUCUCUUAGAAACCAGCUGCGGAUCCCCUCACUACGCCUGCCCUGAGGUUAUAAGGGGCGAGAAAUAUGAUGGCAGAAAAGCUGAUGUAUGGAGCUGCGGAGUCAUUCUCUUUGCACUUUUAGUGGGUGCUUUGCCAUUUGACGAUGAUAACUUGAGGAACUUGCUGGAGAAAGUGAAGCUGGGGGUCUUCCACAUGCCCCAUUUCAUUCCUCCUGACUGCCAGAACCUGCUGAGGGGGAUGAUUGAGGUGGACGCCACCAAGCGACUCACGUUAGAACAGAUACAGAAGCACACGUGGUACAUAGGAGGGAAGAACGAGCCAGAACCAGAACAGCCAGUGCCACGGAAAGUGGCGAUCCGCACUCUACCCUCCACUGAGGACAUCGACCCCGAUGUGCUGGAAAGCAUGCACUCGCUGGGCUGUUUCCGAGACAAGAACAAACUGAUGAAAGACCUGCUGUCAGAUGAUGACAACCAGGAAAAGAUGAUCUACUUCCUUCUGCUGGACCGUAAGGAGAGAUAUCCCAGUCAUGAGGAUCAGAAUUUACCACCCAGAAAUGAGAUUGAUCCUCCCAGGAAGCGUGUAGACUCUCCACUCUUGACAAGGCACAACAAGAGGAGGCCAGAGCGCAAAUCUAUGGAGGUGCUGAGUGUGACUGAGGGCGGUUCGCCUGUUCCCGUGAGACGAGCCAUUGACAUGGCACAACAUGGACAGAGUAAAUCUGUUUUCAGUAAAAGCUUGGAUAUCUCAGAUGCCCACCCCAUACUGCAAAGCAAAGAGGAGAGGUCCAGAUCCAUCAGUGGAGCAUCUUCUGGUCUGUCCACUAGUCCCCUCAGCAGUCCUCGGCCCAUGCGGCGGUUUGCUGUUCCUCCACAAUCCGCAGAACUCACACAGUCGCCCAACCACAGCCCCAACCAUGCUCCUGUGUCCCGGCUUAAUGGCACAGGCCCCCACUCCCCCAAAAACUUUCAACCAAAGACAGCUGCCCUUCAGCCCAACAACAAAACCCAGACCCUACCAGCCAAGCCCAAAGUUGCGGACAAGCCCUUGCAGGCCACCAUGUCAAACCCACUGCCUAACACAACGGCCACGCCAACGGCUGCCAAAUCAGAACCUUCUACGCCCUCCACAUCCUCCCAACCCCUGCCUCCACCAAUACCCGGCAGCCCCAAGGUGCGGCGGCCACCGCUCACGGUGCCGCCCAAACUCUCUUUUCCCCUUUCUCCCCUUUCGCCCAUUCGGCUACACCACCUUCACCCGCUGGCCGGGACUGACCACAACGGCAAAUCUAUCCCCACCAUACAGGUUACGCCCCACCCCUCCCCCAGGGGCAGCCCUCUGCCAACUCCAAAAGGAACGCCGGUGCACACGCCUAAGGAGAGCCCAGCGGGCACACCGAGCCCCACACCACCCCCAAGCCCCUCCAUUGGGGGUAUGCCUUGGAGGACACGCCUCAACUCCAUUAAGAACAGCUUCCUUGGCUCACCACGCUUCCACCGCAGGAAACUACAAGUUCCCACACAAGAGGAAAUGUCCAGCCUAACACCAGAGUCUUCCCCCGAACUUGCCAAAAAAUCUUGGUUUGGAAAUUUUAUUAACCUUGAAAAGGAGGAGCAGAUCUUUGUUGUGAUUCGGGACAAGCCUCUGAGCUCCAUCAAAGCAGAUAUCGUCCAUGCCUUUCUCUCGAUUCCCAGCCUAAGCCACAGUGUGGUGUCUCAGACGAGUUUCAGGGCAGAAUACAAGUCCACGGCUGGCCCCACCGUGUUCCAAAAACCAGUGAAGUUCCAGGUGGACAUUACCUACACUGAAAGUACAGCUGCCACUAAGGAGAACGGCAUCUACUCUGUCACUUUCACACUACUCUCAGGUCCCAGCCGGCGCUUCAAAAGGGUGGUGGAGACGAUUCAGGCUCAGUUGUUAAGUACACAUGACCAGCCUGGUGUUCAGCAGCUGUCUGGAAAGCGUUCAAGGGGUGGCAGCCCAUUGAGUAACUUCUUUGACGUAAUUAAACAGCUCUUUUCAGACGAGAAGAACGGGCAGGUGUCCCAUCCGCCUGGCACGCACAAGCAUGUUGCCAACAGCAAGAGACAUGACCCAGAACCUAAUGACUCCAAAUGUUCAUCUAGCCAAGACAAAGCCAAGAUGUCACCAUCAGUUGGGACACAGGAACAACCUUAAAACCAGGAGCUAUACUAGAUUACCUGUUUUAAAAUGAAAAGAAAAACAAGAAUCCACAUAUGAUACAGAAAGUGUGCUGUUGAAUCAAGUUGAAGUGUGAAAGACCUGCAACAAACAUGCCUACAAAUUUUUAUAUUGUGAUAUGAAUAUUGAAGUACUGUAUGUACUGACCUGACACUUUACAAAAUGCGCAUACAGACAUGCACAUAUAUAUAUUUUUUAAUCCAAGCAUUCCUCUCCAGUGUUGUUUGUUCUUCACAGUCUCUUUAUGUUUGGUUUUAUGAUGUUUUUAUUUAUUUCUGCUACCAGGAAUUAUCCAGAAAACGUGUUAAAGCCCAAGUCCUGCUCUUGCACAAGAUUCAUGUAUGGCACAUUGAUGGAGGCCACACACAGGAAGUACAGUAGAAGCAACUGAGGGAAACUCCUCAUUGUGAUGCAUCUAAACACCCCAAUUGCCAACAAGACCUGUUACGAUUCAUUCCCCAGUUCCUUUUUUCUUGUGUCCAAGGAUUUGGAGUGAAGCCUUAAAAUAAAGAUGUUUAUUGUCCAAUAAAUUAAUUCUCACUAAGCUGUCCCACUCUUCACCUUCCUACCUUUUUAUUUUAAUAUAUCUUUGCUUGUCUUUUCUUUUUCCUCUCUCUUUUUCUCUCUUAUGAGAAAACACAAAACAGAGAAAUACAUACCAGGAUAUCCUUACAAAAGGAAAGGUUGGAACUCUGGACACCAUGAUGCAUUUGAGGAGUUGCACUCAAGGACUCUUGUUGGAUUGUAUUUUUAAUGUAGUCUUUCUUUGUGAAAUGAAAAAUUAAACAUUUUAUGGACUAUGUCAUUGCUGUACAAUAUUUGGAGAUCCUAUUUGAAAAAUGAUGGGGAGAACAACUUGAUGUUGGUUGUGAACUGGGAUACAAGGGUGGGGGUUCAUAGUAAAUUAUCUAUUCUGUUGUACAGACUGAAAAUAUUCCUGAUGUAACAAAUGUCUAUCAGUGACAUUGCUUAGAUGAAUUGUGUUGCCACAUUCUGUUUUUUCUCAUGUAGUGUUAAUGAAAUGUUAGUUUUGAAUGAAAAUUAUGCUUAAUGUAUUCAAGGGUUAUCAUGAUGUAAAUUUUUAUGUAUUUAUGUUUGUUUGUUUUUUCGAGAAACAUCUGCAGGAUUCAGAGAACUUUUACCCUAAUUUUUGUAACUUAUUUAUCUGUUGUUGUCAUCUUUUUUAUUUAUUCAGCUGGGGGAAUAUUUAUAUAUACAAACCCUGGAGGUGAAGAUUUUAUUGUUUGCAUCAGGGCGACUCAUCAGAUUGUUUGAAGGAUUUUGUGUUUUGUGUACGAUAACACUUAUCCGCUUUUGUGAAUGAAGCACUCUUUCUUUCCCGGCUUUGACCAGAUAAAUGAGCUUGUAGUAUAUGUUAAAUUAUUUACAGGUAAUUUAAGAAUGUAGACUAGCUCUUUUGGGGGGAGGGGGGAAUGAAGUAUUGAUAUUUGUCACUCAUCUCAUUGUGCGUGUAUAACAGGUGGACAAGCUCAAAUAACACGUUGUAAAUAGACAACUAUGGGCAAACAACUUUGUUAAAAACCAUCAAGAGGCUGCUGCUGCUGCUGCUGCUCCUGCUCCUGUUCCUGACUUGAUCUCUCGUAUUGCAUGUCCAACAUUCGGCUUUAAUUUGCAUGAUGUUGUGGAUGUUAAAUAUCUCCUCCCCUUCACUUUUGUCAUUAGAUUUAAACAAAUUAUUUCCUGCCAUUAUUUACCAUGCAUUCAUUUUUCUGUUUCUUGUUUACCUCACACCUCCCUUAUCAAUGGGGGGGGGUCUGGGACAUCAUAACACACAUGAUUAUUUAUGGGAACAUACAGCAAGGAGAAUAAGUGGAGAUGUAAUCUAAGCAAUACACAUUGUUGUCCUUCCUUUUUUGUACUUUGGGAAAAAAAUGGAGAAAAGCUGGAUUGUAAUGUAUCACGGAUUUGAUUAAUACUGAGUGGGAAAAAUAGAAUUGCCGCUAAAGUAUCCCCUUGUAAUUAUACUGUGAACAACUUCAGUGCAACGGAAAUAAAUCCAUUGACUUUGGGA